CUCAUCAUAGAGUUAGCCCUGUCUUUGGAAGCUUACGUCGGGGGAGGGAUAAACGUGAGAUUGACACACCGACAGUUACACGGAUUAUAUACCCCCUCCAUUCAAGUUGCAUCCAUUCCCCCCCAUCGCCAUCGCAUCGCAUCAGUACAAUUGCACCAGUUCAGCCCCAGCUCGUCCGCUCGCCCAGAGCUCAGCUUCACCCUCGUUCAGACUCCAGCUUCACCCUCGUCCCCUCUCGUCUCGGUCGGAAAGUUAUAUCAAGCAAGAAAGUCAGAGAUGGCUAUGGAACAGCUUGAGGUUCCCAGCAGGUCCUACAUCAUUCGCUGGGUAGAAUGUGCGCCUGGCAACACCAUCCACUGGUCGAUCAAGCCCCACAAGAAGUCAUUGAACUUUGGGCUGUUUCGGCACCCUGGUAGCAACUCCUCGUCCGCGGUAUCGAUAAACCCACCUUCUACAGCGCGUUCCGAAGAGUCAUCGGCGUCCACCGUCAGGGAUAGGAGAUCAUCGCGAGCCGGAAACGGCCAGAGCGAUGCCAUCGAGAAGAUUCACGCGGCGGGGCUGCUCGAUGUCUACUGGCACGGCAAGUGUGAGGCUGAGAAGGUCACCACAGGGACGUACCAAGUGAAGAGUCAGGGAGGAAUGUUUGCGUUGGUCUUCGACAACACGUUCUCGAAACAGGUCGCAAAAACGGCGACAUUUGUCUUGCUCACCUACCCCUCCAACCAACCCCCCCCUGCAUCGCACGCGCUUCAUCACGCCGACUCGAACACAGCUCUAUCGCACACGUUAACCCGGAACACGCUUGCACCGUCGUCACGGUCCGCAGAAACGAUAUCGAUCUAUAGCCACCAUGAUGGAAAUCGAGACGAACUCUCGACGCCAGUGGGAUUCCAAACCGGUGUGCUGAAGAAGCGCAAGCGCAAGCGGCAUCAGGGCUACGCUCGUCGGUACUUCUCGCUGGAUUUCACUAGCUCGACAUUGUCCUACUACCUCAACCGGGAGUCCUCUGCGCUGCGUGGCGCGAUUCCGUUAUCGCUGGCUGCCAUCAGUGCGAGUCAGAAAGAUAGAGAGAUCUGCAUCGACUCCGGUGCCGAGGUGUGGCAUCUCAGGGCCAAUAACGACAAGGACUGGGAGACGUGGAAGACCGCGCUCGAGCGUGCGGCAACGGAAGCUGCGAAGGCUAGCACCGGAGGUAGAGCUUCACUGCGUCCUCCCGAGGAUCACUCCGAGCCGGGGGUGGUUGAUAGUCGAAAUGUGAUCAUGGAGGAGCGAGGUUGGGCCCACGUGGAAGCCCUAGUCGGCCGGGUCGCCGGAGUUCGCGAUGCCGUUAGGCGUCUAGCGUACCAAGCCGCGGAAGCACCAACACUUGCCGGUAUGGCGGGAUCGGAGGCGGCUUCCUCCUCUGCUUCUAUCAUUUCCCAAGAUGACAGGGCUGCUGCCGCCGCGAAACGGGGCUUUUGGAAACGCAAGACGUCCGCGCCGGCGUCCGUUCCAACCUUAGCAUCGACAAACCGGGAGCACCGGAAAUCUGUCGGCCAAGCGGUGGGAAUGCUUGGCUCUACGACUGCAGGAGCUGUUGCACGGCCGUUCUCCCCACCAGCUGGCGGACACCAGGAUAUCAGUCUCAACCUUCAUGCGUUGUUGACGGAUCUCGACUCGGUCGUGACGGAUUUUUCGUCCCUCGUGCAGGAGAAUAAGCAGAGGAGAUGGCUGCACCACAGAGCGAGCACCCAACAGCCCUUGCAUGAACGAUCGUCGCGAAUGAGUAUGGAAUCCACCGCCAGCGAUGAAUUCUUUGAUGCAGAAGAUGCAAUGGACGAUAGGGACCGAGUCGUGAUGUUGAACAAUGAUGAAGACGACGAUCAAAGAGGGGACGGGGGUACGGCAGAAGACGAAGCGACGGACGACGAAGAGAGUGAUCCAGAGGACGGCGGCAGCUUCAAUGAUGCACCUCAAGCGACACCGGGAAGCCUGGAUGCUCCCAAAGGACCGAGUAACGAGAAGCGGGAGCUUAAGCCGUUGCCCAUCGAGCCGGUCAAUCGACGGACCACCGUACCUGAGGCGAAACAGCUACCACCCAGCUUGAUCGGAUUCCUGAGAAAGAACGUAGGAAAAGAUCUGUCCACGAUCGCCAUGCCCGUUUCCGCAAACGAACCGCUCUCCCUCCUGCAGCGCGUAUCGGAACAACUGGAGUACUCCGAACUGCUGGAUCAGGCGGCUACGGCACCCGCAGAGACCGGCGAGCGUAUCCUCCUCAUCGCUGCCUUUGCCGUCAGCUCGUUCUCGAACGCUCGCGUCAAGGAGCGUGCAAUCCGCAAGCCCUUCAACCCGAUGCUCGGCGAGACGUUCGAACUGGUGCGCGAAGACAAAGGCUUCCGCUUCAUCGCGGAGAAGGUAUGCCACCGCCCCGUCAUCAUGGCCUGCCACGCCGACUCCGCGCUCUGGACGUUCUCCCAAUCCCCUCAGCCCACACAAAAAUUCUGGGGCAAGUCCGCGGAACUCAUCACCUCCGGGCGCGUGCGCAUCUACAUCCCGUCCACCAACGACCGGUACUCCUACACGGUAGCAACCAGCUUCCUGCGCAAUAUCAUUGCCGGCGAGAAGUAUGUCGAGCCCACAGGCCACAUGCAUGUGCAUAACGAGACGACCGGCGAAAAGGCCGUGGUGACGUUCAAACAAAACAAGGGGAUGUUCGCCGGCCGCUCAGAAGAAGUUUCAAUCCAAGCCUUCAACGCGAACGGCUCCCCCUACCCCACCUCUCUCGCCGGAAAGUGGACCGAAAGCCUCCUGCUCUCCGAUGUAGACUCUGAGGAGCCACCACGCGAGGUUUGGCGUGUUAGUGCUGCUGUCGAUGGUGCUCCGGCCCGCUAUGGCUUCACACGGUUCGCAGCUCAACUCAACGAAGUCACAGCUAUCGAGAAGAACCGUCUCCCUGCCACUGACUCGCGUCUCCGGCCCGACCAGCGAAUGGUCGAGAACGGCGAUCUUGACGACGCCGAGGAGAUCAAGGGCCGCCUCGAAGAGGCGCAGCGGGCCAGGAGGAAGGAUAUGGAAGAUGUCGGCGAAAACUGGACUCCCCGCUGGUUCACCAAGGUGCGAGAGUACGCGGACGAAGAGGUGUGGCGCAUCAAGGGCGAGGAGACGGUGGAUGGCGGCGAGUACUGGAAUGUCCGUGACCAAGGGCAGGGCAAGUGGGAUGAGGGGGAGGGAUCGGUCGGCAGGAUAUUCGAUGUUUAGAGUGUAGUUGAUGGAGGUUGAAUGUGAAUGGUCAAUACUAUACCCACGGUGUUUUGUAUGCGUAUGUACCUAUCUAUAUACGGUGCUGGGGAGGAGGGAAUUGGCUUUUGUUAUUGAGUAGUUUUGGACCGCGGCGGUGGACUUGGUGCUAUUUACUUUUUAUCUGCUCUACAUCUACUUUUGUAACUCCACAGUUCAAUCCAAACACUAUGAGGGGAGAUUCAUCCACCAACAUCG